UUUGUGCGCGCGGGAAGCGGCGGGCGCGGGAAAAGCGUCCUCGCGCCGGGGCUCCGGCCAAUCAGCGCCCGGCGCGGGGCGCGCGGGCGCGCGCGCGCGCGCGCGGGCGGGAAAAAGCGGGGUGGCGCGUUGGGGCGCGGGCGCGCCAAAAUACCCGCCCCCCCCCCCCCCCCCUUUCCCGCGCUGCCGAGAGCGCGCGCGCGCGCGCGCCCCGCGCUUAAAGCCCCGCCCCCUCCUCCUCCUCCUCCUCCCUCCUUCCCCCCCCCCCCCCCUUCUUUUUUUCCCGCGCUCGGCCCCGCCCCCAAGCGCGAGAUGGAGCCCGGGUGGGAACGGUUCGUGCUGCAGGCCCCCCCCGCCGCCUCGGACCCGCUGCCGGUGGAUCUCCUCCCCGUGCUGAGCCCCGAGCCCGGCGCCCCCCCCGCGCCCCCCGGCGCCCCCAGCACCGUGGACGCGGCCGCCUUGAAACCUCCGGCCCCAGAGCUGGGUCCUCCGGCACCCCCUAACCCAGCCCCCCCCCCCAACCCCCCCCAACAACUCCCACCCCCACCCCCCCCACCCCCCCCAUCAUCAACCCCCCGUAAAGCCAAGAGCAAAGGGCCCUACAUCUGCUCCUUGUGCUCCAAGGAGUUCAAGAACGGCUACAACCUCCGGCGCCACGAAGCCAUCCACAGCGGCCCCAAAGCCACCCGGCCCCACGGCGCCGCCAUGAAGAUGCCCACCAUGGUGCCCAUCAGCCUUUUGAGCGUCGCCGGCUUGAGCGGGGACGCCGUGGGGGGGACGACCCCAUCUUCAUCCUCCUCCUCUUCCUCUUCAUCAUCGUCGCCCCAAAGCGGAGGGGUCCCCAAAAGGCCUCGCAAGAGCCACGCGUGCGAGAUGUGCGGCAAAGGCUUUCGGGAUGUCUAUCACCUCAAGAGGCACCAGUUGUCCCAUUCGGAUGAGAAGCCCCACCAGUGCCCCGUGUGCCAACAGCGCUUCAAGCGCAAGGACAGGAUGAGCUCGCACGUGCGCUCGCACGACGGCGCCGUCCACAAGCCCUACGGGUGCAGUCACUGCGGGAAGAGCUUCUCCAGGCCCGACCACCUCAACAGCCACGUGCGGCAGGUUCACUCCACCGAGAGGCCCUUCAAGUGCGAGACGUGCUCGGCCGCCUUCGCCACGCGGGACCGGCUGCGGGCGCACUCGCUGCGGCACGAGGGGAAGGGGCCGUGCCCCGUCUGCGGGAAGCUGCUGAGCCCGGCCCACGUCAGCGACCACCUCAAGGGCCACGACCCCCGCCCCACAGCGCCCCCCUGCGGCCUCUGCGACAAAGGUGCGGGGGGUGAGCCCUGCCCCAUGGCGGCCCCAGGCCCGCCCCCCCCCGCCGUGGCCGUGCUGCCCAUGGAGGGCGCCCCCCAGCCCUGGUGAGGGGCUGCUCCUGCCCCACGGAUCUAUGGGGCGCCCCAUAGAGCCCAAUGGACAUGGGGAGAGCCCCACGGCACCAGUGAGCCCCAUAGGUCUAUGGGGCACCCUCUAGUGAAGGAGAAGCCCCUUAGAUCUGUGGGGUGCCCCAUAGCGAAGGACCCCCCCCCCCCCCCCCAGCGGAUCUAUGGGGCACCCCACAUCAACACUGAGCCCCAUGGACGUGGAGAGAGCCCCAUAGCGACGAUGAGCCCCAUAGAUCUAUGGGGCACCCCGAAGUGAAGGAGACCCCGAUGGAUAUGGGGAGAACCCCAUAGCAACGACGCGCCCCAUAGAUCUAUGGGGUGACCUAUAUAGCGAAGGAGACCCCCCAAUAGGUCUGUGGGGCACCCCACAGCGCCACAGAGACCCAUAGAUAUGGAGAGAGCCCCAUAGCAACGAUGAGCCCCAUAGAUCUAUGGGGCACCCUGUAGCAAAGGAGACCCCCCAAUGGAUCUAUGGGGCAGUCUAUAGUGAAGGAGACGCCUAUGGAUAUGGGGAGAGCCCCAUAGCAACGAUGAGCCCCACAGAUCUAUGGGGCGCCCCAUAGCGAAGGAGACCCCAAUGGCUCUAUGGGGCGCCCCACAGCGAUGCUGAGCCCCACUGAUCUAUGGGGCACCCCAUAGCGAAGGAGACCCCCCAAUGGAUCUAUGGGGGAGUCUAUAGCGAAGGAGACGCCUAUGGAUAUGGGGAGAGCCCCAUAGCAACAAUGAGCCCCAUAGAUCUAUGGGGCGCCCCAUAGCAGCGGAGACCUGCAGGGAUGUAUGGGGCGCCCUACAGCGACACUGAGCCCCACCAGUGGGGGCAAUGGAGACCCCAAUGGAUCUAUGGGGCGUCCCAUAGCAAUGGAGACCCCAAUGGAUCUAUGGGGCGCCCCAUAGCAAUGGAGACCCCAAUGGAUCUACAGGGCACCCCAUAGCAAUGGAGAUCCCCAAUGGAUCUAUGGGGCGCCCCAUAGCGACACUGAGCCUGACCGAUCUAUGGGUCGCCCCAUAGCAAUGGAGACCCCAAUGGAUCUAUGGGGCGCCCCAUAGCGACACUGAGCCUGACCGAUCUAUGGGUCGCCCCAUAGCAAUGGAGACCCCAAUGGAUCUAUGGGGCGCCCCAUGGCAAAGGCGACCCCAAUGGAUCUAUGGGGCGCCCCAUAGCGAAGGAGACCCCCAUGGAUCUGUGGGGGACCCCAUAGCAAUGGGAUCUAUGGGGCGCCCCACAGCAACACUGAGCCCCAAUGGAUCUAUGGGGCGCCCCAUAGCGAAGGAGACCCCCAUGAAUCUAUGGGGCACCCCAUAGCAGUGGGAUCUAUGGGGCGCCCCACAGCGACACUGAGAUCCAACGGAUCUAUGGGGCACCCCAUAGCGAAGGAGACCCCCAUAGAUCUAUGGGGCACC